AAACUGGCCAUGAGUUAUUCUUAUUUUCGCUCUCCUCUAUCCUUUUUUUUUUUGGAAAGAUUCUCUGUCCUUUCUCUCUUAACUCUCACUGACAAAUGAGUGCAGAAGGAAAAGUAGUUUGUGUAACAGGAGCGUCAGGCUACAUUGCCUCAUGGCUAGUCAAGCUCUUACUCCACCGUGGUUAUACUGUCAAAGCCACUGUUCGUGAUCCAAAUGACCCAAAGAGAACUGAACACUUACUCAAUCUAGAUGGAGCUAAAGAAAGACUUCACUUAUUUAAAGCAAAUUUAGUUGAAGAGGGGUCUUUUGAUCCCGUAGUGGAUGGAUGUGAAAGCGUGUUUCACGUGGCUUCUCCUGUAUUACUCGGGACAAAUAUUGAUCCACAGGCAGAUCUGAUUGAACCUGCAGUAAAGGGAACCCUAAACGUUCUCAAGUCAUGUGCCAAAUUUCCUUCUGUCAAGAGAGUGAUUCUAACAUCUUCCAUGGCUUCGGUUAUUUUCAAUGGAAAACCAUUGACCCCUGGCGUGGUAGUGGAUGAGACUUGGUUUUCAGAUUCUGCGUUUUGUGUGUCAAAUAAGCUUUGGUAUAUGGCUUCAAAGACUUUAGCUGAGGAGGCUGCUUGGAAAUUUGUAAAAGAAAAAGGAAUUGACAUGGUUACAAUUAAUCCAGGCUUUGUGAUUGGUCCUCUCUUACAGCCAACUCUUAAAUCCACUGCCGAGCUGUUUCUGGACCGCAUAAAUGCACCAGGAUUGCCAAGUGAAAUUUAUAGAUUUGUUGAUGUGAGAGAUGUUGCUUAUGCACACAUUCAAGCACUUGAAAUACCUUCAGCCAGUGGUAGAUAUUGUUUAGUUGGAAGAGUUGCGCACUUCUCUGAUGCAGUGAAGAUUGCGCAUGAACUAUACCCUACUUUGCCCCUUCCUGAAAAAUGUGCAGAUGAUAAGCCUUCUCCAUUGAAUUACGAGGUAUCAAAAGAGAAAGCAAAGACUCUGGGUCUUGACUUCACUCCUCUGGAGAAAAUGAGUGGAGAAGGGAAGGUGGUGAGUGUAACUGGAGCAUCCGGGUACAUUGCUUCAUGGCUUGUCAAGUUGUUGCUUGAACGUGGGUACACAGUCAAAGCCUCAGUGCGUGACCCAAAUGAUGCAAAGAAAACUGAACACUUGCUUGCACUCGAUGGAGCUAAGGAAAGACUGCAGUUGUUCAAAGCAGACUUACUGGAUGAAGGAUCUUUUGAUCCUGUGGUUGAGGGAUGUGAAUGCGUUUUCCAUACUGCAUCCCCAUUUUAUUUCACUGUCAAUGAUCCUCAGGCAGAACUUGUUGACCCUGCAUUGAAGGGAACAGUUAAUGUUCUUAGGUCAUGCACUAAAAUUCCUUCUAUCAAAAGAGUUGUCAUAACAUCAUCCAUGGCAGCAGUUGUAUUCAAUGGGAAAUCUCUUGCACCCGAUGUAGUAGUUGAUGAGACAUGGUUUUCAGAUUCAGAUUUUUGUGAGAAAUCAAAGCUAUGGUACCAUCUUUCAAAAACAUUAGCAGAAGAAGCUGCUUGGAAGUUCACUAAAGAGAAUGGAAUUGACAUGGUCACUUUAAAUCCAGGGUUGGUGAUCGGCCCUCUCUUGCAGCCAACACUUAAUCAAAGUGCAGAGUCGGUUCUUGACCUUAUAAAUGGGGCAAAAAGCUAUCCAAAUACAACGUAUAGAUGGGUAGAUGUUAGAGAUGUUGCCAAUGCACAUAUCUAUGCCUUGGAGAAUCCUUCAGCUAACGGGCGAUACUGUUUAGUAGGGACUGUUAUACACUCUUCUGAGGCUGUGAAGAUUUUAAGCAAGCUUUACCCUGAUCUCACUAUUCCUAAACAGUGUGCAGAUGAUAAGCCUCCCAUGCCAAAAUAUCAGGUAUCCAAAGAGAGAGCAGCAAGUCUGGGUGUCAAGUAUACUCCUCUUGAGGCAAGUCUAAAGGAUACUAUCGAAAGCUUGAAGGAGAAGAACUUUGUUAGCUUCUGACUCUAAUUAUCUACUUGCAAGUCAGACAAAUGGAAGUAAAAUUCCACCCUAAAACUGAUUGUUAUUAAUCUUAUUUUUCACUAUUGUGAUUUGUCCUGGAGGUCUCCAUCCUGAAAUCUUUAGGAUGCAACCGGUGUAAAAAACAAUAAAAACAAAAGAAACUGAAGUCAGCAAAUAAGUUGAUUCCAAUA